AUGGCUGAGACUCUCAUCGUGGGCCUGGAAGUCCACGUGCAACUUCUGACGAAAACCAAAAUCUUCUGCGGUUGUGUGAAUCGCUUCAAUCCCGAUGCGCCGAACACGCAAACCUGCCCUGUCUGCCUGGGUCAUCCAGGCAGCCUGCCAGUGAUGAACGAAGAAGCAUUUCACCUCUCCCUGGUGACCGCACUCGCUCUGAAUUGCGAGAUCGCUCCCUUCACGAAAUGGGACCGCAAGCAAUACUUCUAUCCUGACUUGCCCAAGGGAUAUCAAAUCAGCCAGUACGAUCUCCCCUUCAGCCACGAUGGUUGGCUCGAAGUCACCAGCGACGAUGGCGCUCGUCGCAAAAUCAGAAUCAACCGGGCUCACCUCGAAGAAGAUGCCGGAAAAAACAUUCAUGACGAAUCAGGCCGAGGUAAUGACAGUCAGGUCGAUCUCAACCGAACCGGAACACCUCUCCUCGAAAUUGUCAGCGAGCCCGACAUUCGUUCUGCCGCCGAAGCCAAGUCAUAUCUUGAAGAAUUAUAUCUUUUGCUAACUUUCCUCGGAGUUUCUGACUGCAACAUGCAAGAGGGAAGCCUUCGCUGCGAUGCGAAUGUCAAUCUUCAUAUCGGCGAAGGCGAUGACAAAGUUGCCACUCCCAUCGUCGAAGUGAAAAACCUGAACAGCUUCCGCGCUGUCGAAGCGGCCAUUGAGUUCGAAGCAAAGCGACAACGGAAAAUCUUCGAUGAAACAGGCCGUAAGUUAGGUGAUCCAGGUGUCACGAAAGAGACACGUGGCUGGGACGCCAACCGAAACGCGACAUUUGGACAGCGAGGCAAAGAAGACGCGGCCGAUUAUCGUUACUUCCCCGAUCCCGACUUGGAUAUUCUGCGAGAGAUGAAGGAACGCUCCAUUGGAAUCGAGGAAUUUCCACUCUCAUCUGAAGUACUUGGAACAAUCAUUCAGCGAAUCACUGACAACAAAAUCACUAACAAGAGCGGUCGUGAAGUCUUCUCUGUUUUGUUGAAUGAAAUCGAUAAGGAAAAAAGUGUCGACGUCGGUCGUGUUGAUCAGAUCAUUAACGAGAAGGGACUCGAAGUCGUCUCUGAUACCGGAGCACUCGAAACCGCAGUUCAUGCGGCCAUUGCAGAAAGUCCGAAAGCGGUUGAGGAUUUCAAAGCAGGUAAGCAACAGGCUGUCGGAGCUAUCAUCGGCAAAGUGAUGCGUCAAGCAAAGGGAGCAGAUGCGAAAGCUGUUCGUGAACUGAUUAUCCAGACGUUACAGAACAUGUAA